AUGUCCGUAAAUGUACAGUCAACCGCACGUCCCAUCCUUGAUCCAGCUCGUUAUAGUCUUCAAGAUCAUGAACGUCAAUUCCUCGAGCUUCUUACAGGCAUAUAUGAUGAUGAUGAAUUAAAGAAGCAUGUAUUAGCUGUGCAAGCAAAAGCAUAUCAAAUAUCGGCUGUUGUUGUCGUUGGAAACGACACAAGAAAGGUGGCUGUGGACGGCUGGCCAGCUGAGAACAUUGUUGCGUCUGACCUUCGUGGAGAAUUCUGGGACUGCGGACAUGAGCUUUUCAAGUCCACUCCAGAAAGCUUUCCGGCUACAUUUAUUGCGGGAGAUGUCUUCGACUCAUCCAUGCUUGAUAUGUCGGACAUUCAAGCAGACGCAGAGGCCAAGCAACCGCCUUCCAUCCGUCCCCUUCGAGGACUCACCUCACUCACCCCUCUAAAGCACCAAGUAUCUGCUAUCCAUGCUUCUGCAUUAUUCCACCUCUUCCCAGAAGAAGGCCAACGCGAACUCGCGCGCCGCCUCGCGUCCCUCCUCCUUCCCGAGAAAGGCUCUAUCAUCUUCGGCCAGCAUGGCGCCAUGCUUGAAAAGGGCUUCCGUGUCGAGAAGAAACGCAGCACUGACCCAUUGUUUGAGGUCAGACAAGCUGCAAUGUUUUGUCACUCGCCUGAGACCUGGAAGAAGAUGUGGGAGGAGGAUAUUUUUGGGCCGGGGGAGUCGGGUUGGCAGCGGCCGGAAGAGAUGAAAAUCAAGGUCGAAGCGGAGUUGAAACAGGUUGAGAGGUGGGACGCCGACCUUGUGGAUAACGAUGCAAAGCCUUAUUUUGUCAUGAAUUGGUCAGUCGAGGUUCUAUAG